AUGUCGAAGACAAUUUUCUUAAUGGGCGCCCCAUUACCGAGCAGCCUCGACUGGGACCAUGAUGAGCUCCUCGACACACCAGUCGCUCCAUUUCAAGAGACAGACAGCAGUCAUUUCGUUCCAUUGAGCUUGGGACAGAGCACCAAAAAGUGGAGGGUCUUGCAGCCUUUACCGCACGAAGAAGUGGAUGACCCUAAUAUGUUCUUCUACUAUGGGCCCCGAGAUCCAAAUUUCUUGACAACGCAUCAGCUCGCGGACAAUGAUACACAGUCAACAAACCACGACGAAACAGUCCUUUCUCAAUUCUACGAUCAUUCAUUUGCAGUCCACGAGACAUCCGCAAUAUCCGCAUCUUUCGAAGACGGAGAACAGACUCAAUAUAGUGGCUCCGUACUGGGUAGUCACGAAGGCAACGAUUCGUCUCAACGACUCACUCCUGAUACGCCCCCUUUCCGGAUCUUUGGGCGUCUCAGUAACCUGCAAGACGUACCCACGGCGAGCUAUCUUGAAUCUGUCAUCCCACAGACUAUGACUGUCAAUUUGGUAGUCGGUGUCAUCGCCAUCCACCCAUCGAGGCGAGUGGUGACCAGAUGGAAACAGGAACUUGAGAUCGUUGAGCUGGUUGUUGGAGACGAGACUAGAGCAGGGUUCAGCGUCAAUUUCUGGUUAUCGCCCCUCAAGGCCGAUGCCAAGACAAGCCAGAUCGAUCGUCUCGGUGGAUCUCUAACCAUGCUUCGACCACGAGAUAUUGUCCUUUUGCGUGCGGUUGGUCUAAGUUCGUUCCGAGAGCAAGUCUAUGGGCAGAGUCUACGGGGUGGGAUGACCCAAGUGGACCUCCUGCAUCGGCCAGCGAAUGUGACGGAUGCGGGCGGGUUUUACAAGACCAUCCCACCGAGCAACGACGAUCUGCCGCAGAAAGUUCGCAAAGUACGGGAAUGGAUCCUCCGAUUUGUGGGGACGGAUGGAGCAGGCGGUGGCCUUUCAGGAAUGUCUGAGACACAACCGCAGCGGUUGCCUCCGGACACGCAAGAGUAA